AGCACAUACUGUGAUCUGUGUACCCCUGAUAAGGAUCUUGUUAGGGACUUACAGGAAAUGACAGCUGCACUUCUGUUUCUGUGCUGCUUAUUAAUAUGGGACUGCUGGCUUUCAGACAGUUAGUUCAUCACUGUACAUUUGAGGACAUUGUAUCCAUAAAGAUCCGGACAGAGAAUUAAAGAGCCCUGAAUUGCUGCCACAGACUACCUGAUAGGAAAAGGCAUCUCUAAGAUACGUAUCACAAUGUCAGAUGGAGAAAAUGCAACCACAACUACAGAUUAUUCAUCAUAUUAUGAUGAAGACAUUCCGGACUUUGCUCCUUGCAGCAACUUCGAUUUGAAGGAUUUUGGCAAGGUGUUUCUGCCCACUCUCUAUAGCUUGGUUUUCAUCCUCGGCUUCCUAGGCAAUGGCCUAGUGGUGUGUGUCUUGGUGAAGCAUCGCAACCAGACCAACUUGACAGACAUCUGCCUCUUCAACCUGGCUCUCUCCGACCUCCUCUUUGUCCUCACGCUACCUUUCUACUCUCACUACUCUAUGGUCGGUCAAUGGACUUUUGGAGACUUUAUGUGCCGUUUCACCUCUGGCUCCCAUAACACUGGGUUCUUCAGCAGCAUCUUCUUCAUGAUUGUCAUGACGCUGGACCGCUACGUUGUCAUCAUGCACACUCAAAACGUGGCCCGGUAUCGCACUGUGAGGUUAGGCAUCGCUAUGACCGUGUUCGUCUGGAUGCUGAGCUUGUGUGUCUCUCUACCGGUUAUUAUCUUCACAAAGGUGACAAAUGACUCUCAACAGCAGGCUUGUAGCUAUGUCCCAAACGAUGCCUGGAAGAGUUAUCACACCUUGACAAUUAAUGUAUUGGGUCUCAUGAUUCCCUUGCUGGUGAUGAUAGUUUGCUACUCCAGGAUCAUCCCCAUACUGGUGAACAUGAGGAGUGCAAAGAAGCACCGCGUCAUCAAGCUGAUCGUCUCUAUAGUGAUUGCCUUUUUCAUAUUCUGGGCCCCAUAUAACAUUUCCCUUUUCUUGAUAUUUCUGAAAUCUGAAGGUGUAUUGCCGAAUAAUUGCAACAUGGAAUCAAAUUUAGGGCUGUCAGUAACAGUGACUGAGACCUUUGCUUACACUCACUGCUGCCUGAACCCCAUCAUAUACGCCUUUGUGGGACAAAAGUUCAUGAAACGAGCCUUGCAGCUGUUGAGGAAAUGGGUGCCUGGGAUUCUCCUUCCCUCCAACAGAGAUCUGUCAGAUAGCUCAUACAGGAAAAGCUCAAACGUGUCCAGGUCCUCUGAUGUCACCUCCAAUCUCAUGAUGUAGGAGGUGGAGGGCAGGUUAUGUUGUAUAUAUUAUGCGUUAUGGACAUCACCUGC